UCCUGUGCCAAUAUAACCGGGUGCCAAUCCGUGAGGCCACUGGCCAGUCAUGCCCAGUAUGCUGGGCCUGGGCUGACCAUGGAGCUCCAGGGUUUCAGGGAGGAGCCUCUUUCCCAGUGCAUCUUGGAGGUGGCAGGAAUCAAACCGGGAGCAAGGGCAGUGACGCUCCUCCUUGCGGCCGGAGCUGACCCCAACUUGGGAGACGAGUUCACCAGCGUCUAUGAAACCGCCAAAGAGAAGGGCCUCCAUUCCCUCGAAGUUCUUGUCACUCGAGAGGAUGACUUCAACAACCGCCUGAACAACCGAGCCAGUUUCAAGGGCUGCACAGCUUUGCAUUAUGCUGUCCUUGCCGAUGACUUCCCUACCGUCAAGUUGCUUCUGGAUGGAGGUGCCAACCCCCUGCAGAGAAACGAAAUGGGGCACAUGCCCAUGGAUUACGCCCGGGAGGGAGAGGUCAUGAAACUCCUGAAAGCAUCUGCAACAAAGUUCCGGGAAGAUCAGCGCAAGAGAGAAAUAGAGGAGCGCCGGAGGUUUCCUCUGGAGCAGAGGCUCCGUGAACACAUCAUUGGUCAAGAGAGCGCCAUCACAACUGUUGGGGCUGCCAUCCGGAGGAAGCAAAAUGGCUGGUACGACGAGGAGCAUCCGUUGGUCUUCCUCUUCUUGGGAUCGUCAGGAAUAGGUAAAACGGAGCUGGCCAAACAGACAGCCAAGUAUCUUCACAAAGACAUGAAGAAGGGGUUCAUCAGGCUGGACAUGUCGGAGUUUCAGGAGAGGCACGAGGUUGCCAAGUUUAUUGGCUCCCCUCCGGGGUACGUUGGUCACGAGGAGGGCGGCCAGCUGACCAAGAAGCUCAAGCAGUGCCCAAACGCAGUGGUCCUCUUCGAUGAAGUGGACAAGGCCCACCCAGAUGUCCUCACCAUCAUGUUGCAGCUCUUUGAUGAAGGGAGGCUGACCGAUGGGAAGGGGAAGACCAUCGACUGCAAGGACGCCAUCUUCAUCAUGACCUCCAACGUGGCCAGUGACGAGAUCGCCCAGCAUGCCUUGCAGCUGCGGCAGGAGGCCAUGGAAAUGAGCCGCAAGAGGAUUGCCGAAAAACUGGAUGACGUCCAGAUGACAGACAAGAUAACCAUCUCCAAGCAGUUCAAGGAGAAAGUCAUCCGCCCGAUCCUGAAGGCUCACUUCCGGAGAGACGAAUUCCUCGGGAGAAUCAAUGAAAUUGUCUACUUCCUCCCUUUCUGCCACUCGGAGCUCAUCCAGCUGGUCAACAAAGAGCUGAGCUUCUGGGCAAAGAAGGCCAAGGCCAGGCACAACAUCACUCUGGUCUGGGACCAGGAGGUCAUGGACGUUCUGGCCGACGGUUACAACCUGCACUAUGGAGCCCGGUCCAUCAAGCACGAGGUGGAGCGCCGGGUGGUGAACCAACUGGCCGCUGCCUAUGAACAAGAACUCCUUCCGCGUGGCUGCACCUUGCGGAUCACGGUGGACGACUCAGACAAGCAGCUCUUGAGGACAAAGGACAGCUCAACGCCACUCAAGGAGGGCCAGCGUAAGCGUCCGACUCUGCGGCUGGAGAUCAUUGAGGACAGCAAAAGCCGGAAGCUGAACAUCCAAGCCCCACUGGCACCCGAAGAGAUGUCCUUCCCCUUAUAGACAUUGUUGCAGCGACAGCAGCCAUGGGUCACCUGCCCCUCCCAGUGGUCCGGAAGAGGACUGAGGGCCAGCCAGCCCAAGGCAGAAUUUCAGAAUGUGUAAUAAAGUAAUUAUUUAUUUA